GCGGUGCUGGGAGCCGGGCGUCUGAGCGGGGUCUGUCGCCUGCUCAGAGUGCAGAAGAGCAGAGGGGCGACUGAGCCAUGCUCGCGCUGUUGGGCUCCCUGGCGAGCGCCCUCUGGGUAGAGUUCCAUCUCCGGUCUCUUCUGCUUGGUGUCGUCGUCUUUCUGUUCUUUGUUGACUUCCGCAAAAGGAGGCGUCCAAAAAAUUACCCGCCGGGACCCUGGAGCCUGCCUUUUCUCGGAAACUUCUUUGUACUGGGCUUUGAAGAGUCGCACCUGGUGCUUCAGAAGUUUGUGAAGAAAUAUGGGAACCUGUUAAGCCUGGAGUUUGGGGACUUGCAUGCUGUUACUGUAUCCGGAUUGCCCUUAAUCAAAGAAGUCCUUGCCAACCAAGACCAAAACUUUGUGAACCGCCCCAAGACUCCUAUCCGAGAGCGUGUCUUUAAGAAUCAUGGAUUGAUCAUGUCCAAUGGCCAGGAGUGGAAGGAGCAAAGAAGGUUUGCCUUGACGACACUAAGGAAUUUUGGCUUAGGAAAGAAAAGAUUAGAAGAACGCAUUCAGGAGGAAGCCCACCACCUCAUCGAAGCAAUAGAAGAGGAGAAAGGACAGCCUUUUGACCCUCACUUCAAGAUCAACAAUGCAGUUUCCAAUAUUAUUUGCUCCAUUACCUUUGGCGAACGUUUUGAGUACCAGGAUGGUCAGUUUCAGGAGCUGCUGAAGUUGCUGGAUGAAGUCACAUGUCUGGAAACUACAAAGUGGUGCCAACUCUACGAUGUCUUUCCCUGGAUAAUGAAAUUCCUUCCUGGACUUCACCAAAAACUCUUCAGCGACUGGGAGAAAUUGAAAAUAUUUGUUUCUCGUAUGAUUGAAAAACACAAGAGAGAUUGGAAUCCUGAUGAACCGAGAGACUUUAUUGAUUCUUACCUCAGGGAAAUGACAAAGCAUACAGGCAAUGCUACUUCGAGUUUCCAUGAAGAAAAUCUUGUCUGCAGCACGCUGGACCUUUUCUUUGCUGGAACAGAGACAACUUCCACAACGCUGCGCUGGGCUCUGCUUUACCUGGCCAUCUACCCAGAAAUCCAAGAGAAAGUACAAGCUGAGAUCGACAGAGUAGUUGGCCAGUCACGGCAGCCCAGCCUGAACGACCGAGAGCACAUGCCCUACACCAAUGCCGUCAUCCAUGAGGUGCAGAGAAUGGGCAACAUCAUCCCCUUGAACGUGCCCAGGGAAGUGAUGUUUGAUACCACUGUGGCUGGAUACCAGCUGCCAAAGGGAACCAUGAUCCUGACUAAUCUGACUGCACUACACAGGGACCCUGCAGAGUGGGCCACCCCUGAAACAUUCAAUCCGGAGCAUUUUCUGGAGAAUGGACAGUUUAAGAAAAGGGAAGCCUUUCUGCCUUUCUCGAUAGGAAAGCGGGUUUGCCUUGGAGAACAGUUGGCCAGGUCUGAGCUGUUUAUUUUCAUCACUUCCCUUGUACAAAAAUUUACCUUCAGGCCCCCAGCCAACGAAAAGUUGAGCCUGAAGUUCAGAAUGGGCCUCACCAUUUCCCCUGUCAGCCACCGCCUCUGUGCUGUUCCCCGAGCGUGAUGCUGCUGGGAAAGGAGCAGGAGAAAAAGCCAGAAGAAACAUGGAAUGUGUUCUGAAGACCCUAGUGCCUGCUCAGAAGUGAGAGAACAGAGCAGAAGUGGCUCUGAGGAAAGAUUGCGGGAAUUGGACUCAGAGGAAACUGAGUCCAGAUCCCGCUCUGCCGUCCCCUCUGAUGUCGCCUCAGGCAGAUCGUCUACAUUCUGAAGGAUUUGCCUUUUCACCCAGAAAAUGAAAGGGGGAUAAUGACUCCUCCCCUAAAAAGAGUUGCUCUAAGCAUGAAAGGAAGUAAUGGAUGUAAAUAAAGUGGUUUGUAAACCACAAAAGUAUGUCAGAAAAGUUAUAGCUGUGGUCUGCUUCCCUCUUCCUUAGACAUAUGUUAGCUUCUGGCUUGUUGAUAAAGCUCAGUUUGUUGAGAAGAGUUAGAAGUUGGACCCUGGGACAACCAAAGAGGCUAGCAAUAAAGGCACUAUGUUCGGCAGCCUUCUGUGGAAUACACUUUAACUCUCACAGACAUGGAGUCGCCAUGAGUUGGAAUCGACUUGGGAACCGGUUUUGGUUUUUACUGGUUUGUGCUUUAUCUCAUGUGUCUCAGAAUGACCUUUGGGGAAGUCAGCAAAGCUGAUAGUUGUCAUUCCUGAUUUAUAGUCAGGGAAAGCACAUGUUGUUGAUGCAGUUGUUACUGCAUAAGGAAAUGCUACCUUGGCCUUGAACUCAAGCAAAGUAGGGUAUGACUACAGUUAACCCAACCUGGGGAACAGGUUUGGGGAACAAUGGUGCACAUAGUUCCCGUCUUUAACCCAUUGUCUAGAGUUGAUUCCAACUUACAGUGACCCAAAGGACAGAGCAGAAGUAUAGGGUUUCCAAGGAGCCCUAGUGGCGGGAUGGUCAAAGCACACGGCUGCUAACCGAAAGGUCCAAAUCCACCAACCAGCUGCAGGAGAAAGACCUGGCAAUCUGCUUCUGUAAAGAUUACAGCCUUGGAAAUCCUGUGGAGCAGUUCUACUCUGUCUUUUUGGGUUGUUAUGAGUCAGAAUUGACUCAAUGGCAAUGGAUAUAGUACGGUAAUCUUUACAGAAGCAGACUGCAACAUCUCUUCCCUGUGGAACUGGUGAGUUCAAAAUGCUGACCUUUGAGUUAUCAGCCACAAGCUUAACCACUGCACCACCAGGGAUCCUUCUGUCUUUCAGGGUAGCUGAAAUCACUCAACCUUGUUCCCUUAAGCCUUCCAUCAGGUAUUUGUUCUCAUGCCAUUUCAUGUUGUGAUUUAACUAUGGAAUGGAUGUGCAUCUUUUCUUGAAACUAGAUGGUAAGCUUGGGAUGGCAAGUGUUACCAGCCUAAACUUACCUAAAGGAGCCCUGGUACCGCAGUAGUCAAAGCAUAUGGAUGCUAACCAAAAGGCAGGCAGUUAGAAUCCACCAGCCCCUCCCUGGGAGAAAAAUGUGUUAGCCUGCUUCUGUAAAGAUUUAUAGCCCUGGAAACCCUACUGGGAGCUCUACUGUGUCCCGUAGUUGCUAUGGAUCAGAAUUGACUCAAUGGCCACGGGUUUGGUUUUUUGCCCUAGUUAAGUAUAUCCUAGCAGAGAACCAGAAGUGCCAGAAUCCCAUUCAACCCCUCUGUGUGUGGUCACUGAAGUGAGACAAUGGCCAUAAAAUAGAAGGCCAGAGAACCCUGAUAAUCCGUGGACUUUUGACCUUAACCCCAAUGCAAAAACAAACACAAAUGAACAGAAAAACCUGGUAAACUGGACUAAACCAUACAAACUCAGAUGACAUAUGAGAAUAUGCUUUUUUCCCAUGGUAAUUAGAUCUGAGUGAUUUAAUUAGCUCAGAAUGAAAAAAAACAAAAAACACAGGGCUAUGGGACCUCCUGUUUGUUGGGAUUCAGAGAAAAGCCACUUCAACUGACACAAUGAGAAAUGGAAACAGAGGAAAGGAAUGAGUGCGUGUUUAAAGAACAGAAAUUUAUUGUCUCACAAUUCUGGAAGCUAGAAGUCCAAAUCAGGGUCUCAAAUGUGUUGAUUCCUUGUGGGGACUUUGUGACAGGAACAGUCCCCUGGCACUCCCCUAGCAUCUGCUGGCUGCAGGCAAUCCUUGGUAUACUUUGCAUGUAGGUGUAUCUUCACAUGUCAUCUGCCUUUCGCCUGUGUGUGAGACUCUGUUUCACUGUCUGUCCUUCUCUUACAAAAUGUCACUCAGAAGGGAUUAGGACUAGGACUCACCCUACUCCUGUAUGACUUCGUUAAUAUAACUAAUGACAUUUGCAAAGAAAAACACUAUUUCCCCAAACAAGGUCACAUUCACAGCACAAAUGCAGUGGUUAGGACCUAAACAUAUCUGUUGGGGGACACAAGUCCAUCCACAGCAGUCUCCUAAAGACUGUUGUGUGGGAAAGGCUUUGGUCCUUCUCGCCUGGCAGAAGAAAGAAUGGGAGGUGAGAGAUGUAACCAUGUGUACUUAGUUUGUCAGCCGCUGGAAAGUUGCACUUCUAGACAACAGCCCAAAGGAGAUCCUAGAAUAAAACCGAUCAAAUUAGGCCUCAAACUUCCCCAACACCUGGGACCUGGUCUUCCAUUUCUUUUUUAUUCCCAAUCAGAUCACCCAAGUAGAAGAAAAAGUUGCCACCUCUGACUCACUGUGACAUUGAUGAAAAUAAUUUGUGUUUCAGUUUAUCUGUAAAAUGAAGGACUUUAUUGAAGUCAUCUCUGAGUUCCAUUCCUGCUAUAAACUUUCUGUGAUUCUAGACAGGCAGGAACUUGUCCACUACCUGUAGGAUAAAUGUAAAACCACUGGGCCUCAUCUAAUGGUGGAACUGGAGCCAGGGUCACGUAGGGUGUGACCACAAUUAACCAGAAUCCUGGGGAACAGAUGAUUGUAACUGCAUUUUCUGGUUGCAUAAGAUGCCUCUUUUGUCAAAGCACGUUGAAGAGGCUCUUAAAAUACGAGCUGUUUUCCUGGCCAAGCAUUAUACGAAGGUUUUGUUACACACACUUUUGUCUCUCUCUUAUUCCUCCAUCUAUUUUGGAAGCCCCAGGUCCCUUACUCCUUCUUUUUUAUCUUCCAUCGCACAGUGUACAAACAUGACAUCUGUGGCACCCUAGAGGAGCAGAGAUUUUCUGAAAACCCAUGCCAAGGUGUGAAUCUUCUCUCCCCCACCGUCCUGCAGACACAGGUGCACGCACAGCCAAGUGUACGUGUAGAAUAAGGUCGGAGGUCAGGGGCUUUACAAGAAAAGUAGCAGGGAGCACACAAUGCCCUGAGCUCCUCUGGACACAUGCUUCUGUGGUACAUAAGAUUUACAAGGCAGGGAAGCAAGGGCUGGCAAGAAGACUAAGUAAGGAGAACUGCUCCCUGGAUAAGGAGUGAGAAACACCGAGCUCUGCCUCUGCUGUCAAGUUGUUCUUCCUUCGAGUGGACUCAAACCUGCUGAGCCAGCUUUUUGUUAAGUUUCCAAAGUGGAGUGGGGUGGGGUGAAUUGUCCAGGGACAUCCCAGGUUUGUCUCCCCUCAACCUCUUUCUGUGAUCUCAAGGAAGUCGUUUAAAUCUGCAAGCCCCUGUUUUCCUUUUCUAAAGCAUGAGCAUCAGAGUAGAAAUCUUCCUGUGUGGUGGUGAGGAUAAACCCGAAACACGAACUACUACCCUGUGUCUAACAGUUGGAUUGAUGGCAUGGGACUCAAAAAGAUGCAAGCUGGAAGUAGGUUUAUCCCUCCUCCUCCAAACGUACUCUGUGGCCUACCUGCCUGCCUGCCUUUUUCCUCCCUCCCCUCCUUCCAUCCUCUCUUCCUCUCUCCUUUCCUUCCUUCACCCCUGAAUUAAAUUUUGAGCAGGGCCCAUCACUCUUCUGGCCACCUUUAGAUAACAAACAUUCCUCUUACUACAUUCAGUCCCAAGAAGAGUCAUUUUGGUAAGUACAGUUUGCAGCUCAAUAUGUAUACCAUCUACCUAACUCCAUACUCGUGAUUUAGCUCUUCCUGCUCAGUUCAGCUUUAAAAUUGGAAGCUUGCUUGGCAGGGUGGGUCAGGCAGAGGCACAGCCACCUCUUCUUUCCAUACCAUGUGUCCCCCUGUCAUCUCCUUCCACACACACACACAAGGUUCCUCUUGGCUUGCAAGGAAGGAGGGCAGAAAGUCUGCCAUCUAUGGGGUCCAGUCCCAGGCCUGAUCCUUGCUCUCCUAAGGCCUCUGUCACCAGGGCCCUAUGUCUGCAGCACCCAUGACAGGUACAGAGCUUGCCCUUUAGCUGCCAGCUCAGAUCCUCUUUAGGCCACAUUAUCCCUCCGGGCAGUCCUCUUGUUGGAAUUUGAUAUCAUCCCAAGCUGGCGGCUUCCAUGGUCCCACAUGGAGUCCCACAUCAUGCAUGGCAGCUCAGUUCCUUCUCCAGAAAGCCAUCUCUUCUAGGCUUCCACAGUUGUCCCUACACAGCCUCUGGGCUAAGGGAGCUCCAAGCCUCAGUGUGACACUCAUUCUUCGCACCCCAGAAACUCUUCAAGGCACAGGGAAA